AUGAACUGGGCAGAGAAGCCACCGGCGGGUGAGGCUCACGAUCCCAGUACGAUACCGGAUUACGACCGCGACUUCCUCAAUCCCGACGACUUGCGCCAAUUCGAGAAUGCCUUGACGGACCAAGGGGCGUCACCGCUGGUUGCCCUCAACGACUGGCGCCCCAUCUACCAACGGGUCCGGAGAGGCCGUGGUCGCCGUAAAGGGCCUAGGCGAACCAAGGAUGAGACACGAGAAGGUGUGCUGUACACGGUUCUGAAGUGGCCCUUUCUGUUCACCGUCUUUGGCUGGAUCGCGGUCCUCGCCUUCGCCUACACCUUGACCCGCGUCUAUAUCUUCCUCUACGAGCAGUGGAUAACCUGGCGGGGCAGACGGCAAAGCCUGAGGCGACAGUUACACGCGCAGACGAAUUAUCGCGAUUGGCAGAAAGCCGCACAAGCCCUCGACGAUCACCUGGGGAACCAGAGGUGGAAGGAGAUUGACGAAUACGCCUACUACGAUCACCUCACGAUCAGCAAUCUGGUCGACCAGUUGAGGAAGGCUAGGAAUGAGGCUGAGCGGGAGAUACGCGUGGGACACACCCGCCCAGGCGAGGGGCCUGCGGCGGAGGAAUUAUGCACACUCUUGGAAGCGUGUGUCAAGAACAAUUUUGCCGGGGUGGAGAAUCCCCGGCUCUACAGUGAGGCAUACUCGGGUACCAAGAACCUGGUACAGAAAUACAUUGACGAGUUGCAUGCGUGCAUUCAAUUGGUUGCCGACUCGAAGGUGAUCAGCAGCGAAGACAAACUACAGCAUUUCAAGCAUUUGGACACCAAUUUUGGACGGACCGCCCUCUGCCUCUCGGGAGGAGCGACCUUUGCGUACUACCACUUUGGGGUGGUUCGAGCCCUUCUUGAUAACGAGAUUUUGCCCGAGAUCAUCACGGGGACAUCUGGAGGAGCGCUGGUCGCUGCAUUGGUUGCUACCAGAACGGACGAGGAGUUGAAGCAGCUACUCGUGCCGGCCCUGGCACAUCAGAUCAAGGCAUGCCAUGAGGGUUUCCUGGCUUGGGUACGGCGAUGGUGGCGGACCGGAGCGCGAUUCGACACUCUAGACUGGGCCCGACAAUGUAGCUGGUUCUGCAGAGGCUCGAUGACGUUCCGGGAGGCGUACGAACGAACCGGACGGAUCCUGAACGUGUCUUGUGUCCCGUCUGACCCUCACUCGCCUACUAUUCUGGCCAACUACCUCACCUCCCCUAAUUGCGUGAUUUGGAGCGCGGUGCUCGCUUCUGCGGCAGUCCCUGGCAUUCUGAAUCCCGUCGUUUUGAUGACGAAGAAACGCGACGGCACCCUUGCGCCGUACUCUUUCGGGCAUAAGUGGAAGGAUGGCAGCCUGCGCACUGACAUUCCAAUCAAGGCGUUGAACCUCCACUUUAACGUCAACUUUACCAUCGUUUCGCAGGUCAACCCUCACAUCAACCUCUUCUUCUUUAGCUCGCGAGGCGCGGUAGGCCGACCGGUCACCCACCGGAAAGGACGCGGCUGGCGUGGAGGAUUCCUCGGAUCCGCGAUAGAACAAUACAUCAAGCUAGACAUGAACAAAUGGCUCCGCGUGCUGCGACACCUGGAACUCCUUCCCCGUCCGAUGGGCCAAGACUGGAGCGAGAUCUGGCUGCAGAAGUUCAGCGGUACCGUCACCAUCUGGCCGAAGACGAUUCCGUCUGAUUUCUACCACAUCCUCUCCGAUCCCAGUCCAGAACGCCUGGCCCGGAUGCUGCGCGUGGGCCAGCAGAGUGCGUUUCCGAAGAUCCAGUUUAUCAAGAACCGACUCAAGAUCGAGAUCGCGGUGGUGCGCAGCUUACAGAAAUUCGCGCACGCCGGCGGCAGGGCGAUCUCACCGGCGCCGUCUCGCUGGCGCCAAAACGACGACCCCACUGAUCCCCUGUCCGAGCGUCUAGACCAUAACCUUCCGGAACGCCGAGUGGACUGCGCGGUCGGCGAGGAGUCGCAUUUACUGGACGGGGCGUUGUCAGAUCAUUCGUCCGGGGAGUCAGCGACGUCCCGAUUGCGGGUCCCGGAACCCCGUCGGGGGAGUACGGGGAGUAUUUUCGAGGAGAUGCGCCGUCAAUCUGCGGUGUUUUUCGACGAUAUGGACCUGUCGGGGGAAGACGAGACGGUUAGACCCGGAUGA